AUGAACGAAGGACCCGACACCAACUUGACUCAACUCGAUGUCAACUGGACAUUUUACAACAGCUCUGUGGAGUCGGUCAUCCACAGGAAAAACAUCACCUACGUUGGAUUUUACCUGCACCAGCCGUCCAUAGCAGCCAUCUUCAUCGUGUCCUACCUGCUCAUCUUCCUCGUGUGCAUGGUGGGGAAUGGAGUUGUGUGCUUCAUUGUGCUGAGGAGCAAAAACAUGCGGACUGUCACCAACUUGUUCAUUCUGAACCUCGCUGUGAGCGACCUCCUGGUCGGGAUUUUCUGCAUGCCCACAACUCUCCUCGACAACAUAAUUACAGGAUGGCCCUUCGGAAGCCUGGUCUGCAAAAUGAGUGGCAUGGUUCAAGGGAUCUCUGUGUCAGCAUCUGUCUUCACUCUGGUCGCUAUCGCUGUCGACAGAUUCAGAUGCAUUGUCUACCCGUUCAAGCAAAAGCUGACCAUAUCCACAGCCACCUUGAUAAUAGUCAUUAUCUGGGUUCUGGCCAUAUCAAUCAUGUGUCCCUCUGGGGUGAUGCUACAAGUGACCAAGGAGCAAACCAUCCGGGUGCUGCUGGGCUACGACAACAAGACAAGUCCGUUCUAUUGGUGCAGAGAGAACUGGCCCAACCAGGAGAUGAGGAAGAUUUACACCACCGUCCUGUUUGCGAACAUCUACCUUGCUCCUCUUUCUCUCAUCGUGAUCAUGUACGCCCGGAUCGGCAUCACGCUUUUCAAAACAUCGGUGCCCUCGGAGGGGAAGCCCGGUCACAACAACCGCCACACUGUGUCCAAGAAGAAGCAACGGGUGAUUAAAAUGCUCUUAAUAGUUGCUCUGCUCUUCAUCCUCUCCUGGCUGCCUCUGUGGACUCUCAUGAUGCUGAGCGACUACGCCAGCCUGACCGAGCAACAGUACCGAAUCAUCAACAUUUACAUUUACCCCUUUGCCCACUGGCUGGCCUUCUUCAACAGCAGCGUCAAUCCAAUCAUCUACGGGUUCUUCAAUGAGAAUUUCCGCAGCGGAUUUCAAGCCGUGUUCAAGUUCAGCCUGUGCACGGCGGACGGACAGCUGAGGAAGACCUACUCGCACAGGCUGCAGGGAAACUCUGUGCUACCAGCCAAUAACGCACAAACCGCUCUGGAGCCUAUUUCUCUCAACAGCCUGGAUAAAAGCACCUCCAGGCGACUCAACCACAUCAAUGAGCAGGACUUGGUCAUGGAGGACCUGGAAAAGGCGUCUUGCAGUAGUGGCGGUGUGACUGCAGUGUCUAUUUGA